UGAGUGUGUACGUCGCUGGUGAAGGCUGCGGCUUAACUAGAGCGCCGAUCUUCGCGAGCUAAGUCUCCAUAGCCAUACUGCACAGUAAAAGCCGCAACGAUGUCUAGUAGUUCUGCCUUUAACGACGAAAAGGGGGGCUCUUCUAGUGUUGGGGAACCCGAGUAUGGUCACGAUCCGGCCAGCGGUGGUAUUUUUUCCUCUGACUAUAAGAGGCAUGAUGACUUGAAGGAGAUGCUGGACAGCAACAAGGACUCUCUGAAGCUGGAGGCCAUGAAAAGGAUUGUUGCAAUGGUUGCCAGAGGGAAGAAUGCAUCUGAUCUCUUUCCUGCUGUGGUGAAGAAUGUGGCCUGCAAGAACAUUGAGGUAAAGAAACUUGUGUAUGUGUAUUUGGUACGAUAUGCCGAGGAGCAACAGGACCUGGCUCUACUCUCCAUCUCUACUUUCCAGCGGGGACUCAAGGAUCCUAAUCAGCUGAUCCGUGCAAGUGCCUUGCGUGUCCUCUCCAGCAUCAGAGUCACUAUCAUCGUGCCCAUUAUGAUGUUAGCCAUUAAAGAGGCUGCCUCUGAUAUGUCUCCAUAUGUCCGUAAGACGGCUGCCCAUGCCAUCCCCAAGCUCUACAGCUUGGACCCUGAGCAGAAGGACCAGUUAAUUGAGGUCAUUGAAAAGCUGCUUGCUGAUAAGACCACCCUGGUAGCAGGCAGUGUAGUAAUGGCAUUUGAAGAGGUGUGUCCAGAGCGGAUUGAGCUGAUCCAUAAGAACUACCGUAAACUCUGUAACCUGCUCAUCGAUGUGGAGGAGUGGGGUCAGGUGGUUAUCAUCAACAUGCUCACCCGCUAUGCCAGGACCCAGUUCCUCAACCCCAACAUUAAUGAGUCCCUGCUGGAGGAGGGUGGAGAGAAGGAGUUUUACGCCUCUGACGAUGAUGAGGAUGAUGAAGAGAAGAAGGCUGAGGCAGCUGCUCUGGCCAAGAGAAAGCCUUACGUUAUGGACCCUGACCACAGACUGUUGCUCAGGAACACCAAGCCCCUUCUCCAGAGCCGCAACGCUGCUGUGGUGAUGGCCGUAGCUCAGCUCUAUUUCCAUCUUGCCCCUAAGGCUGAAGUGGGCGUCAUUGCUAAGGCUCUAGUGAGGCUGUUGAGGAGCCACAGUGAAGUUCAAUAUGUAGUUCUACAAAAUGUUGCCACCAUGACGAUUAAAAGGAGGGGAAUGUUUGAGCCACACCUGAAGAGCUUCUAUAUAAGGUCUACUGAUCCCACACAGAUCAAAAUUCUCAAGCUUGAAGUUUUAACCAACUUGGCAAGUGAAACAAACAUAUCUACCAUUCUGAGAGAGUUCCAGACCUACAUCAAAAGCAUGGACAAAGACUUUGUGGCAGCCACUAUCGAGGCCAUUGGCCGCUGUGCCACCAACAUCGGGGAGGUGAGAGACACCUGCCUGAACGGCUUGGUGCAGCUCCUCUCAAACAGAGAUGAGCUGGUCGUAGCUGAAUCUGUGGUGGUAAUUAAGAAACUCCUGCAGAUGCAGCCCGAGCAGCACAGUGAAAUCAUCAAGCACAUGGCCAAGCUCAUUGAUAACAUACAGGUGCCGAUGGCCAGAGCCAGCAUCCUGUGGCUGAUCGGCGAGUACUGUGAACAUGUGCCUAAAAUUGCUCCUGAUGUUCUGCGGAAAAUGGCCAAGACCUUCACCAAUGAGGAGGACAUUGUCAAGCUUCAAAUCCUCAACUUGGCUGCUAAGCUCUACCUAACAAACUCAAAGCAGACCAAGCUCCUCACGCAGUAUGUGUUGAACUUGGCAAAGUAUGAUCAGAACUAUGACAUCAGAGAUCGUGCGCGCUUCAUUCGUCAGCUCAUUGUUCCUACUGACAAGAGUGGAGCUCUGAGCAAAUAUGCCAAGAAGCUGUUCCUGGCCCUCAAACCUGCUCCUGUGCUGGAGUCUCCAUUUAAAGACAGAGACCAUUUCCAGCUGGGCUCUCUCUCUCACCUGCUCAACACCAAAGCAGGCGGCUACCAAGAGUUGCCUGAAUGGCCCGACUCAGCACCCGACCCCUCCGUGCGCAACGUGGAGGUUAUUAGGCUGCUCGAAAGAGUCACGACUCUAACCAGCGUUCCAGAGUGGAGUAAAUGUACCAGCAGGAAGGAGCGUAAGGAGAAGAAGGUGGAAAAGCCAUUCUACUCUGACUCGGAGGGAGAAUCUGGACCCACAGAGUCAGCUGACAGUGAGUCAGAUUCAGGUAGUAGGUCAGAGAGUGACAGUGAGCAGACUGGUUCUGGCUCAGAGAGUGAAGAGAGUGUGGAGGAAUCACAGUCUGAGGAAGAGGAGGAUGAAGAAGAGGAGAAGAUGAAGAAAAAGAAGAAAGUAGACAAGAGCCAACCAAAGAAAUCUGAGAGUGCUGAGAGUGAUCAAAGCAGUGGAGAGGAGCAGAAAAAAGAAAGGAAAGGAGUCAAACAGCGGAGAAGCGGCUCUGAGUCGGAGAGUGAGGAGGAGAGCGAGUCUGAGAGCAGCGAGUCAGAGUCAGGAUCAGAGGAAGACUCAGAGUCAGAUACAGACACCAGGAAGAAGAAGAAGACACCUGCAUCAAAGCCAACUGCAAAGGAUACCAAAAAAGAGAGCAAGAAAGAGACCAAGGAAAUAUCACUGCUGGAUCUGGAUGACUUUGCACCUACUUCCUCACCUCAAGUGACUCCAGUAAACAACUUCCUGUCCAGCAGCCUGGCAAGUGAUCUAGAGGGGUUGUCACUCACUGACACUGUACUCGCCCCCACCACCAUCGCGCCAUCGGCCUCCGUGAGGAUGUACGAGCUGUUGCACCGAAUCACGGGCGAGGGUCUGGGAGUGGAGUACUGCUUCAACAGGCAGGCCUUCAGCCCUGACCCACACAUGGUGGCUGUGCAGAUCCACUUCACCAACAACACCAGCUGUGAGACAAAGAACCUGCACAUAGAAGAACCCAAACUGCAGUCCGGCAUGAGGAUCAAGGAGUUCCCGGAAAUCGAUAUGUUACCUGCUGGAGAAUCAGUUAGUGUGGUAAUGGGCAUCGAUUUUUGUGACUCCACGCAAGCAGCCAAUUUCCAGCUUUGCACCCACACCCGGAAGUUCUUCGUGUCAAUCCAGCCACCGGUGGGAGAGCUGAUGACACCUAUCUUUCUGACAGAGAAUGAGUUUAAGAAGGAGCAAGGUCAGUUAAUGGGAAUGAAUGAAAUCUCAGACAAGCUGACCCUCGGGGAGAAGUGUCAGAACGAUCAUUCCAUCAUAGAGCGGGUCAACGCCACGGCUAACCUCGGCAGGGUACCCUGUGGCUCUGACAAAGACUGCAGUCUUCCUGUUCCUCCUCCAUCUUCUCCACCUGUGUCCAGGUUCGCUGGCAAGACGGUGAGCAGCGGAAGCCUUGUGCUGGUCACCGUUGCCAGAAAGGAAGGGGGAGGGGCCCAGCUCACGGUGAACUGUGAAAAGAUGGUGAUUGGUACAAUGCUCAUGAAGGACAUCCUCCACGCCCUGAUGCAGUGAUUUGGCCCCUGACUUCACUGAGAGAAUACUGCAUACAUUUGGAGCUUUGUGUAGAUGCUGCCAUGAUCCUGCGUGGUGAUGUUGGACCAUCUUAUGUUAUUCAAUACUUAUUCAAUACUUAUUUAAACAGUGGUGAGAGAGAAUAUGAAUUGAUCCCCAAACAGUUAUUAGCUGGUGACCUGAAACAAUGUAACAUCUACAGAUAACAAUUUAAAUAUUAAUUUUCAUGUUCCUGGAUGCACAGGAGGCCCUGUGAAUGCUCUGUAGUGGACCUUUAAUCUGUAACCUGUGACCUUUUCUGUUCCUUUCAUCUUCUCCUUUUAAUUUGCACAAUGUUGCAUGAUGAGAAAUCCGGCCUGGUUUUAAAUUUUUUAAAUAAAGUGUGACAAAAAUAUCCUACAUCCAAAUCCACUGAAGGGAAAAAUCUGGGUUUAACACUGUAAACAUUCUGAAAUGUAACUCUGAGCAUUCUACAAGGAGCUAUGACUACUUCUCUACUAAUACAGUUUUCAGCAAUUGUGUAAUGGGUCCAAUAAGUCAUGACAAUCAGACUAUUCCUGCAAAACCUCAUACAUGGUCUAGGAAAUGGAAAUCUAAAUUUGUUUCACGUCAAUAUUGUAGAAAUUAUAAUUUGGGGUGAAUGUACACAUCUUGUAGACUUUAUAUGUAAUAUGACACACUUGCAUUAAUAUCUAACCAGACCAGUCUAAUGCAACAUGUUUACACCAAACAGGGUACUUUAUCACUCAAAUCACAUCACUCAAUCAUAGCUAUCUGCUAAUGUUAGUGAAGUUAUCAGCAACUUUGCUAAUAGAAAACUGACCAUUUGGACUCAGUAUAAUGUACAGUUCAUUUUCACAUGUCAUUGAACAGAAGUGUCACAACAUAACAUUUUUUAUUUCUUUGAUUUUGCCGAUGACAGAAAAUGAGAGUUUGUUUUUAUUAGGUCUCCUCAGAGGAAUAUGUGGGUUUUUUGUGAUACAAACCACACUGUUCAAGUAUCAGGUGUUGCAUUAGUAAAUAGCAAUUCACAACUACAUCCUUCUAAAGUUUGAUGCUUUUUAUUGUAUUGUUAUUUUUCCCAAAGAGAACUAUUGCAGAUUAUGUGUUAUGGAACAUUAAUGCAAAAAAUACUAUUGUUGUUACAUGAAUAGAGUUAGCAUUAUUCUCAUCCUCAUAAUUUGCAUUUUGACCUUAAGGAUGAGGUGUUCUGGGGUGUUUUGACCUUAAGGAUAAGGUGUUCUGAGACAUUUCUGGAGUGUAUUUCAUGGUGGAGGUAGCAUUAGUUUGGCAAUAGAAAUUUUACUUUAUUCUUUCUUGUAAUGUAAUAUUUAUUUAUUUAAAGAACAUUUUGUUGCAAACAAACAAUUCUAGAACCAAAUGGCUCAAACUGUACAUUUCUCAAAGGCCUGUGCUUUUUCAUGUAUUAUCAUUGAAGAUGGAACAUUUUCUCUCAUUAUGAUACAAUAUUCUGGUAAAGGUCUACUUGAAACAGAUAUAAAGGACAAACUGGAUGAUGUAUAUUGUGUCAUGUAUGAUGUUUCAGUCAGAACAUGGUGGGUGGGGGUAAAUGCAGGUAUCCAUAGUUUUAUUAAAGUUAAGGAUAGGUACAUAUUAUCAGUUGUCCUUCGUGGUUACAUCUACUAUCCAGUUGCCUAUCCAUUAUUCAGUCUAUCACCUUCUUACGUGUGAUUGUGAAACAACGUGGUUGAAUUUAUUUUACUUGAAAUUUUCAAAUGCCAAUUAAAAAAAUGCACUUAAGCUAGUUUUAUGAUUCUGUGCAUUUACUGCCUCCCAACUGUGACAUUUAAUGCCACAUAGCCUACACCAUGACUAUUUCCUCUCAUUUCCCAACUAGCUUUCUGAAAAGAAGUAAAUACAAAUCAGUUGAAUGGUGCAUGUGUUAAAUGCAGCAAAUGUAGUCAGUGCUUUAAGAAAAACUUUUUUUGUGAAUCUUUGAACUUACAAAGUGAGCAUUUAUUAGAAGAGGUCACUUGUUUCAUAAAAUGUAUCCAGACUUGCCUUUGCAAAGCUUCUUUAGAAACAGCAGCAAAUGUUUCUUUGUUCUUUCUUAGUUUGUGUCUGUUGAUAUGUUUUGCGUAAAUUUGAUUCAUUUCUUUUUCAAAAAUGUACAAUAAUAAACCAAGAUUCUCAGUUA